AUGACUGUCCUAAGCCAACCGUGCCUUCUCCGUUGCGCGCUUCUAGCAGCACUAGUGGCAGUGUGUGCGGCACGGAUCGUGACUGUGGGAGAGGCGGACGUGGGUGGAUACAGCUAUGGAUGGAACCCUGCUGUUAACUACACCAAGUGGGCUGCGGAAACGCCGCUUCAACCCGGCGACGUCCUUGUGUUCCAAUAUCCGAAGCGCGCCGAGGUGGUGUAUCAAAUGGCCAGUGCCAAGGAUCUCGCCUCGUGUCAUCUCAAGAACGCGAAGGUGCUCUGCGACUCCCUCCGCGGAAGCCGGCCCGGCAAAGACGGCGCGGCUAGCGCGUGCACCGUGACGGUGGAAUCGGGACCUCUGUACAUCACGUCGAUUAAGACGCACUGCGAUAUGGGACAACAGCUCGUUGUCGAGCCGACCAUCGACAAUGGAGGAUCGGGCAAUGGCGAAUCUGGGAACAAUACUGCUGUUGUCGAUCCGCCGGUCGCAGGCGACGCCAUCGACAACGGAACGACGGCAGGCGAAGGCGCCGGCGACGAGAACGCCGCGGACGACGCGUCGCAAUCCACCGCGCACAACCGGUCGGGGCCGGGUGCGAAAGGAACGAGACUGGUUGGGACUCUGUCGCACGGGCCUAUCGGAAAUGUGUCAACGGAAGACAGUUCUGUCCCGCUGCCUACGACCGGCGGCGACAAAUCCACUGGAAAGUCAUCCUCCUCUUCUCCAGGCUCUCCUGAUGCCGUCCUUCUCUCGGACAGCGGCUCGGGUAACGCUUUGGUGCCGCCCCUCGCGACGACUCAGGCAUCCGGGCGGUCGAUCGUGGUGGGGAACCCGACGCCGAGCUAUAACUACCCGUUUAACCCGCAGGUUAACUACAAUAGCUGGGUCGCCAAGAGCAAGCUCUACGACGGCGACGUCAUCCUGUUCAAGUAUCCGAACUACCAUCAGGAGGUGGUCCAGUUCGUGCGCUACGGAGACUACCGCUCGUGCAACUUCCGCGCCGCGAAGGUGGUUUGCUACGACAGCUGGGGCUCCAAGUCGGGUUGCUCAAUUAAGGUUACCCGAACAAUGGCGUACUACGCGUCUGGACUUUACGGUAACUGCAUGGCCGGGCAGAAGCUCGCCGUGAAGGCGAACGCGAAGCCGUACACGCCGCGAACUCUGGCGGUGGGUUACCCGUCGUCGCAGUUCAACUGGAACUGGAACCCGAACGGGCAGUUCGACAAGUGGCUGCAGUACAAUAAAGUCUACAAGGGCGAUACAGUUGUUUUCAAAUAUCCUCCAUACAAGGACGAGGUCUUCAUCGUGCCAUCGCUGACGGAUUACAAAAACUGCGACUACUCGAACUACAUUUCUUACUGCAACUCUACAGACGGUGCAGGGGCUGGAUGUUACAGUAACCCCAUUUCAGGCCCCACUUACUUCAUCUCAGGCAUCUUCAGCCACUGCAUGAAAGACAACCAGAGGGUUGUUAUCACUCCUCAGAACCCGCCAUUGUAG